CACAAAGUCCACUGUCCGAGGCCAAGGAGCUGGCACGGGUAGCACAGGUGGCCCACGCCAUCGGCCCUGCAAGAUGCCGCUUGGACUGCGCGGGAAGAAGAAGGCGGCCAAGUCCAAGGAGACGGCGCGUCUAGUGGAGGGCGAGAAGUCCGGCGUCCUCGAGGGUGUCCCUGGACCCCCAGCUCCGGCACGCAGGUUGGUGUUCCACGCACAACUGGCGCAUGGCAGCGCCACGGGCCGAGUGGAGGAGUUCUCCAGCAUCCAGGAGCUCUACGCCAAGAUCGCCGGCGUGUUUGAGAUCGAGCCGUCCGAGAUUUUAUUUUGUACUUUAAACACACCCAGAAUUGACAUGGCAAAGCUCCUCGGUGGGCAGUUGGGUCUUGAAGAUUUCAUAUUUGCCCAUGUGAAAGGGAUAAAAAAGGAAGUGAACGUCUAUAAAUCAGAGGAUUCCCUAGGACUCACCAUCACAGAUAAUGGCGUUGGCUAUGCUUUUAUCAAGAGAAUUAAAGAUGGCAGCACCAUUGACUCAGUUAAGACGAUCUGUGUGGGGGAUCAUAUUGAAUCCAUAAAUGGAGAAAAUAUUGUUGGAUGGCGUCACUUUGAAGUCGCUAAGAAGCUAAAGGAAUUGAAAAAAGAGGAACUCUUUACUUUGCAGUUAAUAGAACCUAAGAAGGCAUUUGAAAUAGGACCAAGGUCAAAAACUGGAAAGACAUCAACAGAAAAAAUUGGUACUUCAAGAGGAACUCUUCGUCUGAGAUCAAAAGGUCCUGCCAUGGUAGAAGAGCUGCCCUCAGAAGCCAAAGCAAAGGCAAUCGAGAAGGUGGAUGAUCUCCUGGAACUGUACAUGGGAAUUCGAGAUAUUGACUUGGCUACGACCAUGUUUGAAGCUGGGAAAGACAAAAGCAACCCAGACGAAUUUGCUGUGGCACUUGAUGAGACUCUGGGAGACUUUGCUUUUCCUGAUGAAUUUGUGUUUGACGUGUGGGGAGCCAUCGGUGACGUGAAACAAGGGCGGUGACGGCGUGGAUGAUCUUCCGCCCUCUGGGGACUCUUAGAUAACUUGACGAGCUCUGCUUCAGCUCCAUGUGUAUGAGAUACAGUCUACAGAAUGUAAUUUUGAUUUAUGGAUUCUGUUUAAUAUAGUUUCCUAUGUAGUAAGUAUGCUUAAGAUAAAGUAUGAUCCAUUUCAAUGUUUGUUCAAAAGUUUCUAACAGUGAUUUUUAAAAGAGCAUUACACCUGUGAUCUUGUUCCCCGUUGAC